AGUAGAGACAUUAGCCUACACAAAAGAUUAGGCCAUACUGUAUCUGCCAAACUCAUUUUAGCAACAGUCACAAGACAGGAAGUAUCUGCCACAGUCAUUUUAGCAACGGUCACAAGAGAGGAAGCAUAUUGCGUAAUGGUCUGAAAAUGAAACAAACAGAUCAGCAUUGGUUUGAGUGUUCAUCACGGCUCUUCUGUGAAACAAUACUUUAAAAAGCAGUAGUAACGAAUGCUGUGUGUUGAGUCGUACAGAAAUGUUCAGCCUUUGUGGAUUUUGCCCUUUGUUUAUCAAAGUUAAUUUAUUACUCUGUGGUUAAAGUGUGUGUCAUUCAGUCUUCUCAUUUUGCAGACAUUCUGAGUAUUGUGCUUCCUUCAGCUCUCACUGGAUUCGUCUUAACGGGAUAUAAUGGACCUGAAAGAGUACUUGAACAAGAUUGGGUUUACUGGCCAAUAUGACAAAGCUGACCUGGACAAUUUGUUCACCAUCCACAAGCUGCAUGUUAUGAAUAUUCCAUUUGAGAACCUCAGCAUCCAUUCUGGCGAGAAGAACACUAUGGACCUGCACAUCAUCUAUGAUAAAAUAGUCAAGAGCAAUCGGGGAGGCUGGUGUUGUGAAAACAACCACUUGUUCUCAUGGGUCCUGAAGGAGAUGGGUUACAAAUUCACUACACUAGGCUCCAAAGUGUUCACCUUGGACUCUCAUCUCGUCAAUCUGGUGGAGAUUGAUGGGAAGCAGUACAUUGCAGAUGUGAGCUUUGGAGUGUCGGGCCAAAUCUGGCAUCCCUUAGAGUUGAUCUCAGGUAAAGACCAGCCACAGCCUCCAGGUGUAUUCCGCCUCAUAAAUAAUGGGAUGCAGUGGGUUUUGGAGAAGACCAGCAGGAAGAAAUUGAUCCAAGAUAAGGCCUUUGAUGAUUCCAGCCUCAUUGAUAAACGGCUCACCAAAACAUUAUACUCCUUCACAUUAACACCCCGUGAUGUAGAUCAUUUUCGAAAGAUGUCCGAUUGCCUGCAGAUUAGUCCAGACUCUCUGUUCAUGCUCAAAUCCAUUUGCUCCCUUCAGACAGCCACAGGCUUCAGAGCUCUGAUUGGUUGGACGUACAGCGAGGUCACAUUUAAAGAGAAUUCAGACUUGGUGGACAUGAAAGAAAUCCCAGACUGUGAGAUAGAGGCUUUACUAAGGGACAAGUUUAACGUGGUGUUAGUUAAUAAAUUCACACCCAAAAACAACAAAGCUAAUUAUUGCAUCUAGUACUCAGCUCAUCUAAUUUUAGUAAUCAUUGUGAUUUUCUUGAAUAUUGAGAUACAAAUUGUGCUCUCUGAA